AUGGUCAUGGUACUAAUCGGAAUUGUAGUAUUCGCUAAAGAUGAUGGGCAAUUCUCGAUAAAGAAGUUUAGGCAAGAGCAAAAACAAUGUUCGGAUGGAUUAGAAUAUUUGCCACUUUAUACCUUAAUUACAGCAUUUAUAUUCAUAGAAUGUCCGGUAUUGUUCUAUUACCUCAAGCCGUUAAAUGAAAAUUACGGAAUAAAAAAAGAAAUUUUCAUUAAUUUGAUUACAGCUAUUUCUUGUCUAAUUUUAUAUUCCGUGACUAUUUUCUUGGAUCAAGUUGUGAGAUUCUGGGGGCCGUUGACAUGGCUGAGUGUGGCUUUGUUAUGUGGACAUGUAAAUAUAAUAUUUUUACCAGUGGAGGAUUUAGUUAUUGUCGAUAAUAAUUAUAGAAUUUCAUGUGAUGUUAAAUGUGAAAAUUACAAUAAUAAUGAUUUCAAUGAUAGCAAUAAUGUGAGUAAUGGUGAUGAUGGUGGUGAAGGCCGGCCAAGGUUUAGUCAAAUUUUAAAAGACGAACGUCUUUUCGAAAAAUUUAAAAUUUGUGCAGCAUCAUUUUUUUGUAUAGAGUUGAUUUUGUUCAUUGAAGAAUAUCAAUAUUUGAAAAGUAAGGUUUUGAAAUAUUAUGAACACACCAAUGAUAAUUUAGAUUUUGUCGCAGAUUCUAGACCAAUCAAAGACGUAACUGACAAUAUUCAAUCGUCAACACAGCCACCGCAGCCACCGCAGCCAUCAUAUCAACAUUUUACACCGUGGGAGACUGUCAUUAGGGAGAAACUUAAACCAUAUUAUCAAAGAUUUUAUCAAACGUUCCUGGACCCGUCUGCAGGUUUGGCCAUAAAUGUGGAUGAUUCGACAUUACGUAAUAUAAAACGUCAAAUUGUAGGCCAAGGAGAUUAUAAUAUCGAUAUGUUUGAACAUGCUAGGAUGGAAAAUGGUAAACGAUACGACUAUAACAACAACGACGAUAAUAACCGCACAUCAACACCAUCACAAUAUUUAAAAACUAGACAUAAAGUGGAAUGGAUUAAACAGCAUGAAACAUCGUCUCGUGGCAAUUCAUGGACGAACAGUAGAGAUUUUGGAUCGAUAAUGCAAUACCGACAAGAAUUUGAUCAGUUUGCAUGGAAAAAACAUCAUAGUUUACCAAUUCCGCAACAAUUUAUUUUUAAUUAUAACAUUAAUAACAUAACAAUAAAUAAUAGUAAGCAAACUAUAUAUGAUGAGAAUAGUAACUGUAAUGAUGAUGAUAAUAAUAAUCAUUUUCGCCAAUUACAAGCAUUACAAGAACAAAAAAACAAUUAUUACAACGAUAACAUUAAUCAACAAUACAUAUAUUCGUCAUCACCACCAGACAUUAUUGAAGAAAGCGAAAAAAUUAUGUCAUCGGAUAUUAAUAAUAAAGUUGAGACCCCUGCUAAAAUAAUUGUUGCUACUAAAGAAAAUUUAUCUAGAAAUAGUAGAUCUAGCAUUCAAUCAAUCCAAUUACAUUCGAUUAAGCAAGAUGAUGGUGUUGAUGAUAAUAAUCAUUCAUCGUCAUCGUCCAAUCAUGAAAAUCACAAUCACGUUCGAAAUAGAAAUUCGUCAAAUAGAAGUUCGAAUAUCCCAUCAUCAAAUACAUCAAAUAAAAGUCUGAAUGGUAUACCAUCAAAUACAUCAAAUAAUAGAAAUUCGUCAAAUAGAAACUCAUUAAAUAAACAUUCAUUAAAUAGAGAUUCGAUAAGAUCAUCGAUAUCCACAACAAGUUCAACGUCACAUCCAUCAUCUAGCAGCGCUAAAACUACCGGCAACGAAAGAAAAAAUAUAAUAUUAAAACGUAAUUUUGCAAGAUGUAAUACUUGUAGAAAAUCAAUGAUGGAAGGUGGGUACACAACACAAUGGUGUAGAGUGUGCGAGUCUAAAAGAUUUGAACAAAAUUUUGGCACGUGGACGAGUGGUAAUGAUAAUAUUGAUUGUUUCAUUUUGGAGACACAGUUGAAUGCUCAGAGCAGAGAAAAGUGGGAUAAAAAAACUUAUCAAUAUGUUUGUUGUGGUGAAUGGGUGGUUGCUCUGAAACGACUUUACAACUCAAAAUACGUCACCACCGAUUUCUUUAACGAGAUGAGUAUACAUUUGAGAAGUGAAAAUAAUAGCGGAAAUUAUUUUAUACGUUAUUAUGGUAUAACGCAAGAUCCCAACACCAAAGAUUAUAUGAUAGUUGAACAAUUUGCUCGUAAUGGCAAUCUACAAUCAUACAUUAAGAAAAAUAGGAAAACUCUAACAUGGCAAAAAAGGUUGGAUAUUUUGUUUAGCGUAGCAACAGGAAUCAACAGGAUCCAUUCUAAAAAGAUUUUGCACAGGAACAUACAUAGUGGCAAUAUACUUAUACAUUCUUUAACUACCACUUUGAUGAGUGAUUUGGGUUUGAGUUCUCGGGCUGACAAAGGAACAUCUUCCACAAACAUAAAUGACAUAGGCGGAAGUCACAAAUCGACAACGUUGGAAUUACUUGAUGAUGGCGUUGCAGUUCAAUUCAACAAAGCCGAAGAAAUAUUUAAUAACAAUGUUGGCGGCUUAGAAGAGGAAGAAGAGGAAGUGAUUGAUCCUGGAGCAAUAUAUAUUAGUAGAUUUUUGAAAUUUUCUGAAUUACAAGAACCAACAAUUAUUUUCACCAGAACAAACGAUCCUAUUGAACAUUUAUCUGUAAAAAAUCAUAUUAUUCUAGAAACCCAAUUGUGCAAUCUUAAAUACGAAAUUUUACAAACUGAAAAUACUAAAGUCGCAGCUGAAGUUUAUGAAAUUUUAAAAUAUUUGUAA